AUGAGUUAUGCAUUGGAUGUGCCAUGGUAUGCCAGCUUACCCAGACUGGAGACAAGAUUUUACCUUGAACAAUAUGGUGGUAGCAGUGACGUUUGGAUUGGCAAGACCCUUUACAGGAUGCCUUACGUGAACAAUGAUGUUUAUCUCGAGCUUGCAAAAUUGGAUUACAACAACUGUCAAGCAGUGCAUUGUGCGGAAUGGGAAAAAAUUCAAAGGUGGUACUCUGAAGCAGGACUAGAGGAGUUUGGGUUGAGCAAAGAAAGUCUCCUAUCUGCUUACUUUAUAGCAGCAGCCAGCAUAUUUGAGCCUGAGAGAUCUCCAGAGCGACUUGCAUGGGCUAAAACCGCAGCAUUGCUCGAGACACUGAGAUCCUUCAUAAAGGAUGAAGAAACUAAGAGUGCUUUUGUAGAUUUGUUCAACAACAGCAUUAACGGACCAGACCACUCAAACAAGCAGUUGAACAAGAGAGAGAAGGAACUCUUGGAGAUUUUGCUGAGAAACCUUGAUUACCUUGGGUUCGAAAUGUUUCGGUGUCAUGGUCAGGAAUUUUCUCAUUAUUUGAAUCAAGCAUGGCAUGGUUGGCUAUCAAGUUGGAAAAAUGAAGGAACCUGCUUUGGAAGAGAAGCUGAGCUGAUUGUGCAAAUCAUAAAUGUAAUUGCUGGCUAUUGGUCAGGAGAACUAUAUCUCAAUCCACAGUACCAGAGGUUGCUGGAGGCACAUGAUAGUGGCAACGACAACCUGAGUAGAACCAGCAUCACUACUCCUCAAAUAGAAUCAGAUAUGCAAGAACUUGUGCAAUUGGUGCUCCAAAAUUCCUCAGAUGGCGUGCACACCAAUGUGAAGAAUUCAUUCCUCACAGUGGCCAAGGGCUUUUACUAUGGCUCAUAUUGUGACCCAGAGACCAUAAACUCUCAUAUUGAGAAAGUGCUCUUUCAAAAAGUCAUGUAA